GAAUUUCAUGUUGAGUCAGAACCUGGUAUGUUUGGGCCGGGGAGGGUUGAAACAUACAUUAGGCAUGAUGUGAUUUUAGAGAUGUUGAAUAGUGAAGAGCUUGACAUUAGUUGUAUACUUUGGUAUCAAAUGGUGCUACAUUCCAUUCUUGCAACAAAUGGGGUUAACAGAUGUGCAUUUAUAAACCCACAGUCGAUCACCGAAACAGUAUGUGUCCAUGAUGAGCAGGACAAGACUAACCAACAUAACAAUCGUGUUGCAACUGAGAUCGCUGAAACAAUGAAUUUCCAUCAAGAAAAAGACUUUUUUCUUGCCCCAUAUUGGCAAAGUCGUCAUUGGUUGCUGCUUGUGAUUUGCCCUUAUCAACGCACUGGUUACAUUUUGGAUUCCAUCAAGAAGUCAGGAAAUCGGACUGAUUCCUACAAAGUCAUAAAGCAUGUUGAAAAGGCUGUUGAAAUGUUUAGUGAAGAUUUUGAAACAUCACAUCCAAUGACAUGGACGAUUGCUGAUUGCAAUCAACAAUCGUCUAAUUGGGAAUGUGGCUAUUAUGUGUUGAAAUGGAUGCGUGAAUUUGUCAUGUAUCGACAAUAUGCAUUCCCGAAUAACCUUUGGAAUGAUAUAAACCCCAUUCCUGAAAAGUUGUUGGACGAUGUGGUCAAUGCGUGGAUGACUACUUUUCAAAGUAAAUAUAUGAAAUGAAGCCUGUGUUUAAUGCUUUUCAUUGCAGAUGGUUGGUUCGAGUCCACUUUGAAUAAUGGAGCCACGGUAAUCGGAAAGGUGCAAAAAGACAGAAGGAGUUUCUUUGUUUUUUUUUUUUUUUUUUUUUUUUUA